ACGCGGGAGGGAGGCACAUCCGGCGGGGGCGGGCCUCGCGGGUCCCGGAAGUGUGGGUGCGGCCGCGGCGGGUCGGCGGCGGCCCGGGAGGUAAAGAUGGAGACGCUAAAAGACAAGACCCUGAAGGAGCUGGAGGAGAUGCAGAAUGACCCCGAAACCAUUGACCGGCUGGUGCUGGAGUCCCCUGAGGUCCAGGACCUGCAGCUUGAACGGGAAAUGGCACUGGCCACUAACAGGAGUCUAGCUGAGCGGAACCUGGAGUUCCAAGGCCCCCUGGAGAUCAGCCGCUCUAACCUCUCAGACAAAUACCAAGAGCUGCGGAAGCUUGUGGAGCGGUGCCAAGAGCAGAAGGCCAAGCUGGAGAAGUUUUCUUCAGCAUUACAGCCGGGAACCUUGUUGGACCUUCUGCAAAUCGAAGGCAUGAAGAUUGAGGAGGAGUCAGAGGCCAUGGCUGAGAAGUUCCUGGAGGGUGAGGUGCCCCUGGAAACAUUUCUGGAGGCCUUUUCUUCCAUGAGGACACUGUCACAUCUGCGCCGGGUCCGUGUAGAGAAGCUUCAGGAUGUGGUGAGGAGGCCCCGAGCUGCCCAGGACCUGGCUGGUGAUGCCCCUCCACCACGCCCACCGCCCCCGCGGCCAGCUCCCCAGGCAACACCUCCUGUGGUCGAAGAGCAGCUGCCAGCACAGCCACAGCCGUCCGUCGUACCUCCCUACCCUUUGCCCUACAGCCCGUCUCCAGGCCGGCCCAUGGGCCCCACAGCGCAAGGAGCUCUGCAGCCAGCCCCUUUCCCUGUGGUGGCCCAACCCACCUCCUACGGUGGGCCUCUGGGUCCUCCUUACCCUUCAGCCCAGCCAGGACCCAGGGCUGCUGUGGGCUACUCCUGGUCCCCACAGAGGAGCACUCCACCUCGACCUGGCUAUCCUGUAGCUCCCACUAGCAACUCUGGCCAUGGGUAUCCCCCGGUGGGGGGCCGAACCCCUAGUCCUGGUUAUCCCCAACAGUCCUAUCUCCCAACAGGAGGAAAACCUCCCUACCCAACUCAGCCCCAGAUACCAGGCUUCCCAGGACAGCCUCAGCCCUCAGUGCCCCCUCAGCCCCCAUAUCCCCAAGGGCCUGCUCCUCCCUACGGCUUCCCCCCUGCCCCUGGGCCCGCUUGGCCUGGGUAUUAGCCCAAGGCCCCUCCCUCCUCCCACCUGCACCACAGCCUUUGGACACCCAUUGCUGAGAUUCAAGGUUACGCUGGAAGUGGAGCUGGUGCUCCCUGCAGACUUGGGGUACACAGAAACCUUGAGUGCCUGGCCAGGAGCAUGCAGGUCCCGAACAGGCCCUGGACAGUGUGGCCAGGCUGGCCGUGGCGCUGGUGCUCCUGGAGCUCUUCCUGCCAGGGACUGGCUGAGCUCUAACUGAGCUGGCUAGCCAGGGAGCCCAGGACUCUGGUGUGUCUGUGUGAGCAAGUGUGUGCAUGAGUGUGUGCACAGCUACUUGUAACUGCUCCCAAGGACUUCCGAGCAAGUGCAGUAUGACCUUGCUGACAAGGUGGCCCUGGGUCUCUGGGCCUGGUCAUCCACGUCUCUUCCCCUGGGUCUUGGCAUAUUCUACAUGGAGCCCCAUAUCAGGGGAUGCAAUUGUGUGUGUCCAUUCAAAGAUGGACUGCCCAUACUGUAGUUGGGUUGAGAGAGAGAACAGUUAGGAGAAACAGGAAUAGUGAAUCCUAAAAGCCAUAUAAAAGCCAAAUCACUCUGAUGGGUUGAUGCGAGACAACUGUGUCCUGUGUGCUAGUUUGAAACAGCUGUGCCAGCAUGGUGUGAGGGCUGGGGUACGUGAAAGAAAGCAAGGCCUCAUUUACAUGGCAGGAGGGCCAAGGGUCAUCCGUGGGCCCUGACUGCAGUGGAGGCCCCAGUCACCUCCCAGAUAACCCUAUCUCCUUGGGGUCCUCCACUUCUGGCUGGUUUUUCCCAAGGCUCACCCAUCCCUCCACUCCUCAGUGCCUUGAAUCUCAUUCGCAAGCAGUCCCUCCACCCUGCACCGCCACGUGAUUCCCCCUGUCCACAGUGUCUGCAAGUCAGAGCUGUCCCCGUAGAACUUCCCAAUGGUGCUGUCCAGACACCAUCACUACAUUGGGGUCAGCUUGUUUGCACUCCUUGUCUUAAGAAUGUACAGGGCAAAGACUGUCACUUGCAGCCCAGCACACUGGGGUGAGACAUGUUCCUAAUAAAACCUGACAACACUAGACAAAGGGGGUGUGAUGAAUGGAAGCUUCAGCUAGGCUGGUUCACACCGGAACCAAGCCUUAGGGCAGACCCUGGAGCUGCUACGGAUGAGGAAGCUGUAUGUGCCUUGAAAUGUCCUCUGCCCACGUGCUCAGCCUCUGGUAGGCCAAGGGGCUGGGGCGGCCAAGGAGGAGCCUGGCCUGGUGCCCGCACAGCUGUGGGUUCUGUGAUCGGAUGCACAGUAGCGGGCUCCUUACAGACUGCUUGCUUCUCCUAAGUUAUUUAUAAAGAGAAGUCACUAAUGGAGUCGAGUCUACGGUUGAGUGCUGCUGAACUGGAUUAGCAAUCGCCUUACGUUUAUGUAAUUAAUUGCCAUAAUAAACUCAGAUGAGUUCCAUGGCU